AUGGCCAAGCAGAACGCCUAUCCUCCGGCGAACCCCCGGAAGAUGAGAAUCCUGCGCGAGACUUUCAUGCGCAUCGUGAGGAAGAAGUACUGGGACCUCAUUGAGUCAAGGCAUCUUCCGAAAAAGUCGCCGGCUGCCCUUAAGCUCCUGGAUUCCCUCGCCGCCGCUUUGAGCGACACAGACAUGGAGCUGCACGACUGGUCCCUGCUGCAGGAGGAGUUGCCGAAGGAGAGUGUCUUAGAGAAGACCGUGGGAUUCCUGGACUCGGUUGCACCGGCUUGCUGCAGUUGGAUUCAUGACUGGCGCUUGGGCUGGAGUGUGCAACACGAGCUGGACUCUUACAUAGCCGUCGUUUCGUUCAUCACUGCGCACCAUCAUGCACAGUAUGCGGUCGCGGACAUGCUCGGCGAGAAGGACACAGCCGAGGACGUGACUCUGAUGCUGGAGUCGAGCCGUCAAGUCCGUGAUGCCCAGCUACAUUUGAAUAUGAUUGGUGGCGAGGAUAUCAAUAUCUUCAACAACUCGAUUGUGAGCGAGUUGAUUAUCCAGAGAGUCGCGGAGUUCAUCCACCAGUUUGUGCACCAAGGUUUGAUCACCGAGGUGGAAUCCAAGAGCAUGCUGAGGCAGAUCAAGGCUGCCGGCAUCGCCUCCCACACGCACAUGAGGAAGCGGAUGAAGACCAUGAAGAGCUUCCGGGAGGAAUCCAUGAGCCCCCAGCCGCAGCGGAGCGAGUCUGUACUUCUGGGACGGACUGCCAAGCCGGGAUCGCAGGAGGAGAAGCCGAGUCAGGAGGAGGAAGGUCUCGAGUCCGUCAUCUGA